GAAGCGAAUGUGAAAACCUGUUCAUAAUAGCUGCUCCUACUCAGGGCGGUGGAAAGGAAUAUGUAUUAGUCAGAGUUUGGAUCUAGUUGUGAUUUUUAGAAAGUGGACGCUGUCCGUAUUUUAAUUACAAAAUCAACGUGCGUGAACAAGUUAAAUAAAUUGGUCACGGAACUGGAGUUUUGUGAGACAUCUGGACUAAAUAAAGUUAAGGGAAAUCAGAGAUCACAUCGAAACUGCUGAGUAUCUUGGUUCAUGUAAACGAAGCUUUUUUACGAAGCUGUUUUUUGUUGACUAGUGUCAUCGGCGCCAUCUAUUGAAGCAUAAUCUUCCGUUUUUCCUUACGAAUGUGAUGGGAAGUGAUGGAAACGCCCUUUCAUUAUGAUGAUGUGAAAAGUACAACCAAAGAAGCAUCCGACUAUUCCAACGACACCAUGAUGAAGAAGGAUAUGAGCUUAAACCUGAGCGACCCAAGCUCCAAUCUGAAGCCGCAUCUCAGAGACGCUGAUGGGAUUCUCAACUCCCCGGACGUCGGGCUCUUGAAACUGGCGUCUCCUGAGCUAGAGAGGCUAAUCAUCCAGUCUAAUGGCAUGGUCACUACCACACCGACUUCUCAGUUCCUCUAUCACAAGUCAGUAAGCGAUGAGCAGGAGUUCGCUGAGGGCUUCGUGAAGGCUCUCGAAGAUCUUCACAAGCAGAACCAGCUAAAUGGGGGCACAUGCGCCCAAACAAGUAGCCUGGAUCUGAGUAGCAGUGCGCCGGCUGUGACCAUGCAUGCAGACCUGCCGGUGUACACGAACUUGAACAGCUACGGCAACGGACCUUUGGGGACCACAGUAAAUUACUCCACGGACACUGUUCCCUUCCCUCCUCCUCCUCCAUCUCACCACCUGGGAGGAGCUCAGCAGCAAACGCACACGCGGCUGCAGUCCCUGAAAGACGAGCCGCAGACCGUGCCCGACGUGCAGAGUUUCGGCGAAAGCCCACCUCUGUCGCCCAUUGACAUGGACACACAGGAGCGUAUUAAAGCGGAAAGGAAAAAACUACGGAACAGGAUAGCUGCCUCCAAGUGCCGAAAGAGGAAACUGGAGAGGAUAUCUAGACUGGAAGAUAAAGUAAAGACACUGAAGACGCAGAACACCGAUUUGGCAUCCACUGCGAGUUUGCUAAGGGAGCAAGUAGCUCAGCUCAAGCAGAAGGUCAUGAACCAUGUGAACAGCGGGUGUCAGUUGCUCCCACACCAAGUUCAAGCGUACUAAAAUAAAACAGUCGUUUUUCGGUCCGAAUAAGCUCUGGGACUUAUACUGAGUCUUUAUCGACUUCAAGAUGGUCCAUAUAGUCUCUAUAUUACAAAUAAGGACACUAUACUUACAUUAGGGUUACUUGUAAAAAAGAUGUUUACAAAUUUUAUUUUAUGCUUAAACCUAUCCGGUUUGUUAAUUUAACAAAAGGAGCAGUCAGUUUCAACCCUUUUGUGCUUUUUGACAUAAACUUGUACAGAAAACUCAUCUAACAGAAAAAUGCAUGUCGGUGACAAACUCGAUGAUUGCUAGUAAACGGCAGAACCAUUGAGUGCAUGUUAAUGUUUGUUAUACCUUAAAUGUUUACAAGCACUUAUGAACAGAUGACAUUUUACACAAACUGACCUGCAAUGUCUUAUUUUUAAUGUUUUGAUUUUUUACUUCAGAUGUGGAACUUACAUUUUCUCGUUCUAACUUUUUAUUUUUUUGCUGCACUGGAUGCGUUUUCCUUUCACAUUCCAAAUAUGUAUUGCUAUGUGGAUUAUUUGUUUUUAAAGUGUUAUCAAAUAAAAACAUAAAAAUUGAAAUCUAACAA